AUGAUUGACGAUUACAAUACAGGACGUCGAAUAACUUCUUGGGAUACAAGUGAUCCUCCAAAAUCCUUGGAUUCAUCACAAUUAAUGAGAAAUGCUCCUUCAUUGUCCAUGUCGCAACAUAAUUCUCUCGUACCAUAUUCACAAUAUAAUGCUCAAGUUCGUUCACAAAACAGUAUUGAUCAACGACAAAUGCAACAAACACAAUAUCAAACAAAAACAUUGAGAUCAUCAAAACCAAAUUCAACAGACAUCGAAACAGGUUCAAAAUUCAGCAUAAAAUCGAUUAGCAUAAAUCAUAUUCUUGGUUUUAUUCUGGGUCUUAUAAUCACUGCAGUUCCCUUGGGUGUUAUUGUUACUUUUUAUGCAUUAUUAUGUAGGUUUCUUAACAUAUUUUUAAUUUUAUCUUAUGAAUUAUUUUUACACUUUUUUAAAAUGAAUUUACCAACAGCAUCCGAUAGUGCUACAACCAGUGCAUCUACAACAAUCUCAACAUCGAUCAGUUUGCCUCCUCAAUGUACUAGUUACAACACAUUAACUGAUAUAUCGCGUCUUUCAACUUAUACUAGUGGCUGCUGUCCUUGUGACUCUACUGUAUCUACUGGUUGGACUCGAAUAACUGGAUCAGCAGGAACUCAAUUGAUUACAUAUCCUGUUAGUACAAGUUAUUGUAGUACAAAUACUCCGGGUUGGUGGAAUGGUACUCAUCCAUCAACUAUUGGUGCAACAACAUCCGGUACCCUAUGUGUUAGUUAUAGUGGAUAUUUAUGUAAUCCAUCAUAUUCAAUUAGUCCGAUUCUUGCAACCAAUUGCAGUGGAUAUUAUGUCUAUUACUUACAAACAUUGAGCUGUUAUUGUUGUUGGAUUUAUCCACGAUAUUGUACCAUAUAA